GGCGGUUAGACGAAGCUGAGCUCGCCACCGAGGAGGAUCACUGGAAACUCCCCCCGGGUCCUUCUCGCUGCAACUUCGUACACCGGUUUUUUCUCACGGGGAAACAUUUCUAACCCCCCGCCCAACAAGCUCCCGUUACCUUGUAUCCUUUCCUCCGCCAUGAGUCCGCUGGUGCUGGUCUGCGUGUGUCUGCUGUUGGCCGCGGUGCUCUGCGAGCCGGGACCCCUCAGCGACGUCCUGGUUGACAGAUACUUCGUCCCACCCGAGUGCCCGCGGGAGGUGCAGACCGGGGACUUCAUCCGCUACCAUUACAACGGCACCUUCGCGAACGGGAACCAGUUCGACUCCAGUUACGACCGAAAGAGCACCUUCAACGUGCUGGUGGGAAAGGGGCGGCUGAUUCCGGGUAUGGACAAAGCUCUCCUGGGAAUGUGCGUGAACGAAAGGCGUCGCAUCGUCAUCCCUCCUCACCUCGGUUAUGGCAGCCAAGGAGUUGACAAAGUCAUCCCUCCAGACUCCACACUGUACUUCGACGUCGUCCUCCACGACAUCUGGAACGCCAACGACAAGGUGCGGACGAGGACGACCUACAGGCCGGCCGCUUGUAACCGCACGGUGCAGAACACCGACUACGUCCGCUACCACUACAACGGUACCCUGCUGAACGGAACGCUCUUCGAUUCCAGCCACAGCCGCCUGAAGACGUACAACACUUAUGUGGGGAUCGGCUGGUUGAUCAAGGGGAUGGAGGAAGGACUCCUGGGGAUGUGUGUCGGAGAGAGACGGGUCAUCACCAUCCCCCCGUUCCUGGCCUACGGGGAAACUGGAUACGGUGACGAGAUCCCUCCGCAGGCCAGCCUGGUGUUCGACACCUUACUGCUGGACCUACACAACCAGAACGACACCAUCUCGGUGGAGAACCAGGUCAUUCCCGAGCCGUGCACCCGCAAGAUCGAGUCCGGAGACUUCAUUCGCUAUCAUUACAACGCCAGCCUGCUGGAUGGAACCCUCUUCGACUCCAGCCACUCGCGGAACCACACCUACGACACCUACAUCGGGAUGGGGUACGUGAUUGAGGGGGUUGACCAAGGUUUGAUCGGAGCAUGCAUGGGAGAGAGACGGAGAAUCAUCAUCCCACCUCACCUGGCCUACGGAGAGAACGGAGUCGACGACAAGAUCCCAAGCUCUGCCGUGCUGGUGUUCGACGUGCACGUGGUUGACUUCCACAACCCAAAGGACACGGUGGGAAUCCAGUCCUACUUCAAGCCCCAGGACUGCAACAAGACCUCCCAGCUGACCGACUUUGUCAAGUACCACUACAACGCCUCGCUGAUGGACGGCACGCAGCUCUACACCUCCCGUGACUAUGAUACACCACAAACUCUGACCCUGGGGUCCAGCAAAAUGAUCGCCGGGCUGAACCAAGGGCUGCUGGAGAUGUGCAUCGGGGAGAGGCGACUUCUGACGAUCCCGCCACACCUUGGACACGGCGAGUCGGGAGCUGGAAACGUACCUGGCAGUGCAGUGCUGCUCUUCGACGUCGAACUGCUCGAGCUGAAGGCUGGCGUUCCAGACGGUUACCUCUUUGUCUGGAACGGGGACGCCCCGGAGAAACUGCACGAGGAGUUCGACCUCAACAAGGACGGGGAGAUCUUGUUCGAGGAGUUUUCCAGUUACAUCGUGGCGCAGGUCGAGCAGGGCAAAGGUCGCCUCUCGCCGACCGAGGAGCCCGACAAGCUGAUACGGGACAUGUUCGGCAACCAGGACCGCAACAAGGACGGCAAGAUCACCGCCGACGAGCUGAAACUGAAGUCGGAGGAGGACUCUGAGCGCCGUGUGAAGGACGAACUUUGAAGAACACCCCCUCCCUCCCCCUCGCUCCCCGCCGCAGGUAGCCUGCGAGCAGUGCACUGGUUGGAACUGGUCUCCCCUACUCCGAUCUGCUGCUUCAGUCGGAUUCUGUCCGCCUUCCUUUGCCUUUCCGAGUUCCAAGUUCAUCGUCUUUCGAACGUACGCAGCUGAGCGAAACAUCGAUCCUCCAGAAGCUCGGGCCUUGCGCCCUGAAUUUCCUGGUUCUCCUGCACCGCGACCGGCCAGAGGGUGAGGGCAGCUGAAAUGCUUAACGGUCGACCCCGUCUUUUUUUUUUUAUUUUUAGUUUUUGUUUUUAAGUCGGGGGUUUGAGCAGGGAGUGGGGUUUGAAGUCCCCAGGAGCCGAAUCGAGCGACCUGGCGCCUGGUGGUCUCAGGAGGCCUGCAGCCGAGGGAUGUGUCAACGUGGACAGAGUGGCCGGUCUUGGCCUGAGCCCCCUCCCAUUUCUGAAGCACCCACCGCCCGAACUGGCUCCUUGAAGUACAGCCCACAAACAGGCCCUUCAGCCCGUCUAGUCUGUGCCGAACUGCUGUUCUGCUUUGACCCUUCGACUCUCAAUGGGACCACGCAACCCUCCCUACCCUCCAUGUACCUAUCCAGACUUCUCCUAAACGUUGGUAGUUGACCCAGCAUCCACCAACUCGUGCUGGCAGCUGGUUCCACACCCUCGCCGCCCUCUUGAGUCAAGAAGGUCCCCCUCUUGUUCCCCUUAGAGCAUUUCACCUUUCACCCUUAGCCCAUGACCUCCAGUUCUUGCCUCACCCGACCUCAGUGGGGGGAGAAAUGCCUGCUUUCCAUUUACCCCAUCUAUACCCCUCAUAAUACCUGAGAGCCCAUUAAGUAGAUCAACAGAACCAAGACCAUUAUCCCCGACCGCGAGGGAUAGCCACCACCACGACCCCUCAUAAUUUUGUCUACCUGUCAAAUCUCUCCCCCCGCCCCGCAUUCUCCUACGCUCCAGAGAAUAUAGUCCUGACCCGUACAAUCUGACCCCCGCCGCCCCCCGCCCCGUAACUCCCCGCCCGCGACAUUCCCUGUGCUCCUUCCCCUUGGCUUCGUCUUGCUUUGGUCCGUGUGUGUGUGUGUGUGUGUGUGUGUGUGUGUGUGUGUGUGUGUGUGUGUGGAUUUCGUGUUCCCCCGAGGUUUCUUUGGAAGAAGCGGCCGCUGCUUUGUAGUGAGGGGUUAGCACUGUGUAUGUAGCAAGGACGUGCGUUGGAGAACUCCCGGUUGUUUGAGAAAGUUUAAAUAAAAAUGGUUUCUUAGUAAAAAAAAA